AGUGCUUUGACGUGUCACGUGGCCAUGCAUGUCCACACUUGUUCGAAGUGCGUCUCGCAACGAAAUCGCUUUCGUUUCUGAAGCGGGCCUGUGGGUAGUGACACCGGCGACCUUACAAUGGCUCUUACUGGCUCCAGGGGUCUGCUGUCCAAAAUCUGUUUGGUUGAAAGCGCUGUCAGGAGAGCUGCAGCGCCUUGCCUGCCCGCUCUCCAAAGACGUGCGGCUGGAGGGAAAGCGGACCCAAGCGACGCAGAGGAGGACGACAAGCCCUACGUGUACAGCAGAAGCAAGGCAGCCGAGUGGAAAGCCGCACAGACCUUCCGCCCACCAGAACGUGAUAUGCCUGCAGCGCAGCGCUGGUCCGUCUUACUGAGCAUUUCGGCGUUCCUGAUUUACUUCUGCGUGCUGCGUGAGGAGAACGACUUCGACGAACAGUUGGCGCGGCCCAUCACGGAAACUGUGCCGGAACUGGGGAAGUAUGUCGAGACGCCGCCCCCGCUGCCUUCCAAGUGGGUCCCGCCAGCCUGGCGCGACUGAUUCUGUAUUUGAGAAGAAUUGCACCCACGUGGAAGUCA